AUGAGGCUCACGGACAUUUUACUCGCAUUGACUUUGGUGGUCACUAGCAGCAUGGCAGUAGUUCCACCUAGUAAAACUAUUCAAACCUCUCAAUCAAGCCAAAGUCCUGCAUGCCGACCGGGACCAUCAAAUAUAUGCCAGCCGACAAUCAGUAGUCCAAACAAUGAGCGUGAAUUAAAGGAACAAAUUCAGAAAAGACUUGCAAAACUACAGAGACUUGUGGAUCAAAACACGAUAAUCAUGAACAGGUGGUGCGGUAAACAUUAUAAUCCCAAGGAUAAACCUGUUCCAUAUCGAAUCAAAGAAGAACAAAAAGCAGUUUCGUUUUUUGCCAGGUUUGUGCCAGAUUCCGCUAGAAUCAUGUUUGGCAAACCUCCAAUUAAUACGGAACAUAGUAAACGUCACCUUGAUCCUUAUUGUGUACAAGCAACAAAAGUAUACAACAGAGUUCUAACUGAAUUAAUCGACUUCAAGAGAACUCAUAACAUUGGAUUCAUGGCAAAGCUGUACAACUUUAUGAAGUGGUUCAAAAAAUAG